UCAAUCAAAGAAUAGAGAAGUACAUAACAGUAUGUGCUUUCUAUGGGGGCACCCUGAUGCUUACAAUUUUUAUGGGGGCACCCUGAUGCUUACUAUUUUUAUGGGGGCACCCUGAUGCUUAUUAUUUUUAUGGGGGCACCCUGAUGCUUAUUAUUUUUACGGGGGCACCCUGAUGCUUAUUAUUUUUAUGGGGGCAUCCUGAUGCUUACUAUUUUUAUUGGGGCACCCAGAUGCUUAGAGGUUGUGAUGGGGGCACCCUGAUGCUUAGUUUUUGUGAUGGGGGCACCCUAAUGCUGUAUUAUGAUUUUUUAUAUUUGUUGCUCGGGUUUUAUUUAAAAUUUGAUUUAUUACAUUUUAGUUAUAGUCACAAAAAAUAGUCACAUAAUAAAACUACUAAAAACACUCGGUAUAGCCCAUUUGAGUUCCCAUUAUCAAUUAAACAUAAGUUUUAAAAUAAUAAUUUGCUUAAUGUGAUUACAUAGAUACAAGAAUGAGUUUUACAAAUAGAAACUGGAUGUAUCAAAGGAAAGAUGAAGGCGGGUAUCUUACUAAAGUAUUCAUCAAAGGAGUUGAUAUGUUCGUUAACUUUGCAAAGAGUAUGCCAGACUUCAUGGAUGGAAACAAAAUUAGGUGUCCAUGCACAAAAUGUCAUAAUCGGCAAUACCAAGAAGUUGACAUCGUGAAAUUGCAUUUGGUGAAAUACGGUUUUGUUCCAAAUUAUUUUUUGUGGAAUAGACAAGGUGAAACAUUGAGUGAUAGUAGUCCAACUAGGGAUCAUGCUUUCGAGAAUCAGAACUUUGGUUUUGAAGGUAUGCCCUCAUUUUCUUAUCGGCAAAUGGUCCUUGAUGCUGCUGGUCCAGACUUUAUCCCAACAAGGAUUAUGGAUGAAGAGCCAAAUGCAGAAGAUAAAAAAUUCUUUGACAUGCUAGAAGCUACUGAUAAACCAUUAUGGCCUGGUUGUGAAAACUUGUCACAACUAUCCAUUGUAUCCCGUUUAUUGAAUAUUAAGUCAGAGUUUCGUCUAUCUGAGCAAUGCUUUGAUGCAAUUUGUCAACUCUUUAAGGAUGCAUUACCAGAAGACAAUAAUAUGGUUAAUAGCUUUUAUGAUAUGAAGAAGUUAGUACAUGGCCUUGGACUUCCGGUGGAGAAAAUUGAUUGUUGCAGUUCAGGGUGUAUGUUGUAUUGGGGUGAAAAUAAAGACUUGACUGAAUGCAAAGUUUGUCAACACCCUAGAUACAAGACAUCUGUGGAUUCAGCUAAGCAAUCGUGUGUACCUUACAAGCGAAUGCAUUAUUUGCCACUAACUCCAAGGCUAAAACGACUCUAUGCUUCACAAAAGACUGCUCCUUUUAUGAGAUGGCAUGCCGAGGAACAUGGACAUGGUAUAGGAGAAAUGUGUCAUCCUUCUGAUUCUGAAGUUUGGAAAGAUUUUAAUGUUAGUCAUCCUUCUUUUGCAGCUGAAAGUCGUAAUGUUAGGUUGGGUUUAUGUACAGAUGGGUUUCAACCCUUUGGACAAUCUGGACAACAAUAUUCUUGUUGGCCUAUCAUGGUUACACCGUAUAAUUUGCCUCCAUCAAUGUGUAUGAAAGAUCCUUAUAUGUUUCUGAGUGUAAUAGUUCCUGGACCCGAUAAUCCUAAACAUAAGUUGGAUGUCUUUCUUCA